GGUAGUGAUUCUCCAGCGGGUUGCUAUGGUAACCGGUGAACUAUGGAGGAGGACAACGCUGCCGCGGCUCUCGACAAUAUUGUGACAGAAUUUCACACAUACGAAGAUUUCCUCGACUCUCAAAUUACGUCGUUGGACUUGUAUUAUCUCGAGGAUGAGGAGUUGGCUCGCCAGCUGGUAGAGCUGGGCUACAGGGGCAGCGGAGAGGUCCUGAAGAGGGAGGAAUUUGAGACCAGGAAAGCAGCUGCAGAAGCCUCCAGGCUCUCCAAGAGGAGCCAGCAGAAGACACUGGCGAGUGUGGGAAAAGAGCUGAACGAUAACUUCCUGAAAGCGCUGGCGGAGCGAGAGGAGGCCAACCGUAGUGGGAAAAUGACUUCUAUUAUUUUCAUAAGGGACCGUAACGCUCUUGGACAGGAGAUCUCUGGCUAUAUCGACUAUUCCCACAGACUGAAGACAGAGGACUUUCAUCCAUACUUCAAUGGUAAGAAGAGGCUGCUGCCAAGAGCUACUGAUUUAAGCUUCUACAACUGGGAGACCCAGGUGUCCACGUCCAAUGUCAGCGCUAACUACCAGGUGAUCGCUGAGAACUCCAGUGGUCUGCUGUUUAAGAACAAGACAGACAGAAAGAUUCUCAACGUGGACCCCAAGGCCUCACCUGGAGACAACUCGUCCAGGACGCCCCUCCAGUCUGAACUCUACAGCCAAGUCGUCAUCUAUGACCACAUCACCAGGAGGACCUAGCCAAUCACCUUUCACUGUCUCCUCCCUGCUACAACAUCACCAGGAGGACCUAGCCAAUCACCUCUCACUGUCUCCUCCCACCACAUCACCAGAAGGACCUAGCCAAUCACCUCUCACUGUCUCCUCCCACCACAUCACCAUAAGGACCUAGCCAAUCAGCUCUCACUGUCUCCUCCCUGCUACCACCACCUCACACUGCUAUUAAACACAUACUGGAAGUCACUGGAAGCCUCUAAUGUGAUGUAAUAAAGGUUGGCCCCCCAUCAA